CUUUCUUACAUAGUCCGUCAAUAUUAUUAAAUUGUCUUGAGAUUUAUUGAGUUUUGAAGUUUCUUAAUUUUUAUUUUUACGCAUUCUACCACUGAUUUUGUGAUUCAUGAUCGCAAUGCCGAACUUUGACAAAAGGAUUGCUCUUAUCGUCACCCUCCUCUUCUGCAUGCCAAGCAAUUUAUCAGCGCAAAUUGUCCUCCACGGCGGUCUCAUUAGCGUCCCUUCCAUGACGAUGGAGGACUUUAACUCACAAAAAUGUUUUACAAUCCGGGCGAAGACACCUGGGAAAUGGCUGAUUACCGGAAAUCUUUCAAAAGAAUUCAUGACUUCGAACUGGUCAUUGGUGCCAUACACUUGGGUGGAGUUUUGCCUGAAAUCGGCAAUGUCCGAUAUGAAUGCAAAAAUUCAAGCUUUUCAAUCCACAAUGGUCCACCUUAAGGAAGAAGACGCGUCCUUUGCGAUCGCUGGAUUUAGACAAAUUGAAGAAAUUUUGGCGCGCUUUUCCGAAGCUAGUUCGAUCUUUAGGAAAUAUCCGCUACACGUGGGACCCCUCGUGCUCGGUUUCUUUCCCGUUAUGGCCGUCUACGUGGAAUAUGUUGGCAAGAAAUUCCCAAACAUUGAGCAGGAUUGGAGAUCCAUCCUGGCAAAUAAGGGGCUCUGGGUCCUAGAAGUGUACAAAAAACUCGCAAUCAACAAAAUGAUCGAGGCGGUGCAAUCCUAUUAUGCUGUCUAUCAUAGGUACGAUGGGCAUCACUCAUCGGUUUUCUAUGGCCAAGCAGACCACGAUAAGAUUUUUCCCUUGAGUAACUUCUUAGAAAUUAGCCGUACCUCCGAGUUGGGACAGUUUCCCCAAAAUAUCCGAUGUCGCAAGGCGGGUCCUUCGGUGGGGUGUAGGUGGAAAGGUCCAUCCCAUCCAGCACUGGAGAACAAUUCCUACGAUGUGUAUAGGGUGGAAUGCAUCAUUGACAAGCUUUCGGGACAGGAAAUCCUGGCUGAAUCUGCACUUGCAAUUCAACGCAUGGUUGUGAUAUAUAACACAAAUUGGGAGGAAAAUGUUAGGGUAAAUUGCUUAAUUGAUUAUAUAAAAGUGAUAGACUAUUUGUAUGCAAGAAUGUUCUGGGGAGUUGGGUCGUUAACGAUUUAAUUGAUGUUUUUUUAAACGAUUUGGAGAAAUUGGAUAAAAUUCGAAUUAGAUUUUAAACAAAUUUGUAAUGUUAGUUAGUAGCGAAAUUGGAUUUUGGGCAUGUGUAUGAUUCAGGAAAUAACGUAAUAAACGUAAUCAACGUAACGUAAUCAACGUAAAUAACGUAAUGGGACAUAUUUGACUUUGCCGUAUAAAUUGAAAGAAAUUUAUUUCAAGGUUUUAAAUUGCACAAGUAAUAGGAAUUUACUUCCAUAUGUAUGUACUUACAUAUUUGUCAAUUAAAUAUUUACAUUUUAAUACUUAACUAGCAUAGUAAGUACAUAUAAUGUGCAUGUGAAUUGGUUAAUUUUAAUAUUAUCUAUGCAUUACUAACAUAAAUAUUACACAAGUAACUUACGAACAAAUAGAUGAGAUGAGAAAAGUGUAUGUAAACAAGUUUCAAAAUAGACAGUACAUGAAUUACAGAUAUUAUAAAUAUUGGAUUAAUAAAUUACGGACUUUGCAUUAAA